AUGGGUCAAAGGAAGCGUACCGUUACAGGUUGUCUUUCCUGUAGAAGAAGGAAGAAGAAGUGCGACGAACAAAAACCUGUGUGUAAAGGUUGCCAAAGGAACUUCAUACGUUGUCAAUGGCCUGAUUACAGCACAGGAAGAAUUAGACGGAAAAGAGGCACCCUCCAGUUCCACCCAAGGUUGCCUGUUGACUCUAAUGAAUUUCAAAUUACGACUCUAGAUUCCGCUAAGUUUGUGACUGUCGAUACCAGAGAACUAGAUCUAGACAUAUAUACCAAGGGAAAAUGUGGUGAAACUUUAUAUCAUUACAGUAAGGAAUCUAAUAGUUUUACCCUAGUUAAAGAUUUUGAACGGGACUACGAUACGCCUCCGAUUGAGAAGACGAAUCCACUCGACGAACUGGAUGCCAUAGACCAGGACCUUUGGGAGGACCAAGCUAUUCAAAAUAUAUCCUAUCUACAACCAAAUCAGUGUUCCGUGAUUGAUAUUCCAUUUAAUGAAUUAAUACUAAACUUUCAGUCAAAGCCAUUAAUCAGCAAAUUAGGCGUUAUUGAUACCUCCCCUUUUACAGAGACAGAGGCAUAUUUUUAUCACAAUAUUAUUACGAAAUACAACAAAAAUGAAAUUUUAGAUGAUAAUGUGUUCAGGGCAGCUAAUAUGAAAUCCUUUCUGCUCUAUGCAUGUAUCCAAGGAUUCAUCCCAAAGUUUGGCAUAACUGAAGCUUAUCCAAACUUAAAUCCUACUGCUGCAUUUCUACCUGAACUAAGGAGGAAUUCAUUACUAAGAAAUGUAUUCAGGUGUUGUGGUGCUACGUAUUUAGCCUGGAAGGACCUGGCAAGAUUCCAAAGACUAAGUGAUGAAUAUUAUUAUGCUUGUAAGAGACUAUUAGAACAGUUUAUUAUUGAAAAUACAAAUUUUGCUCAUCAAGAUUGGAUACUCAUUUCAUUACAGAUGUUGUGUGUGCGGGAAAAUAAUUCAUUUAAUGGAACUGUUGAUGACACUAUAUGGCAACUAGAAAGGUCCUACCAGAUAAUCAAGCUAAGGUAUGCAUCCAGGUGUCUGCAACAAACUUGCCAUAUUUUGCAACCACAUGAGCGCUUAUGCAUUGAAAGCUUCAUAUACCACUAUGCGAUCUCCAUUUUAUUUGCAACCUCAAUAUCGACCUUGCCUUCCCCGUUUGUGAUAUUCAAGGAAUUGAGCUAUGUUCUGAAGUGGCCUAUGUAUAAUUGUGAAGAGAUUACCGAAUACUUCCGAUCACCAGUUUUUGGUCCUAGCCUCGAUUCUUAUGAAAUUUUGGCCAAACUCUCCUAUAUUGCAAGGAUGCCUAUGCCUUUGCAUCCUUCAUGGAUAACUAAAGUAAUACAACUCCGCAAUAAGUGUGUCAAUUACAAGCCGGUAGUUCAAGAUACCGUCUGGAUAAACCCAUGGCUAAACCGCACCGUGAAUAAUAGUAUUGCUGGUGUUCUUAUUACGAGGGCUUGUUAUCUGUUAGCUUCAAAAAUGAUCAAUUAUGACGGCUUUGAUCUCACUAAUCCACAUAUACAGUUAUGCGUCAAAGACACAAUAAAGUAUUACCGUGAGCUACCCGCAAACAACCAGAUUUGGGGUAUAUUAUCUUGGGCAAUUUUACUAACCGGUUCAUUUGCAAACGACGCAGAUGAUCGCAACUCGCUUCUGAAUUGUAUCAAUACUAUGGCGGAACGUACACAUUCAUAUUCAGGUAUAAAGAUAGCCGCUUUUCUCCAUGAUGUUUGGCGUGCGGAAAAGGGAAAAGGCAUCAAUUAUCUGUUUGAUAGGCGUAGGCUAUCGCAACUUGUAAUGUAA